AUGUCGAUGAAGCGCAGUGUGUGGUCGCCCACGGAGAGGAUGAUUCUCGUUGCCGCCCGUUGGUUCAUGAAGGAUGAGCUGGAGCCGCUGCUGAGGAAGCAGGGAUCCCGGUAUUGGGCCCGCCUCGUGCGACACAUCGAGACCGAGAACCCCGGAUGGGUCCACGGCGUCAACGCCGUGCAGAAACAGUGGCGCAACCUCGUCCAACUGUACAAGCAGUUGCAGAAGGCGGACAAGGCGUCUGGCAACGGGGUGGUGUGUAAGCCGCCGUGGUGGCCGUACAUGGUGUUGUUUCAGAAUAACCGUGCAGUCGCGGCGCUGCACACCGUCGCCGCCGGUGGGGCCACACACGUGAAUGCGCCGUGCGGGUUCGCGGUGCCGUCGACGUCCGCGCCAUGCACCUCAACGCCGACGUUCACGGCCCCCCCUCUGGUGACGCCUCCCUCCAAGCGCCCGCGAGUAGCGGAGACGGCUACCAUGGCCGCGGCCAAGCUUGUCUCCGACACCAUCAAGGAUUGCCACGCGGAUGCGAUGGCAAAGCUGGAGGGGCUCGUCCGCGCCUGGAUGCAGCAGGACGCCGAGAUUGCACGGGCCCGCAACCAGUGGCCGGCCCCGCCGCCACCAACCAUCAACGGAGCACCCUCGGAUGCGGCCACACAGCCCGCACCGGCUGCCGCCGAAGGCGACGACGGAGUCUGGUUCCGCCGCGGGGAUCACGGAGGUGGCGAAGCUACUCCAGACGAGGCCGAGGAAGAGUGGGUUCGCGUCGACGCCGUGUAA